UUCCCCGGCCCCGAGGCGCCCCGGCAGGCUGGUCCCGAUGAGCGCUCCGCUGCUCCGCCCGCCUAGCCCGCUGCCGCCGCCCGGGGCUGCUGCUGCUGGCGGCGGCGUCGCCUUCCACCUCCAGAUCGGGCUGAGCCGUGAGCCCGUGCUGUUGCUGCAGGACUCCUCGGGGGACUUCAGCCUGGCCCACGUCCGGGAGAUGGCUUGUUCCAUCGUCGACCAGAAGUUUCCUGAGUGUGGUUUCUACGGAAUGUAUGAUAAAAUUCUUCUCUUCCGCCAUGACCCUACCUCUGAAAACAUUCUCCAAUUGGUGAAAUCAGCUGGAGAUAUCCAAGAAGGAGACUUAGUUGAAGUUGUCUUAUCAGCUUCUGCUACAUUUGAAGACUUUCAAAUCCGACCCCAUGCUCUUUUUGUACAUUCUUACCGAGCACCAGCCUUUUGUGACCAUUGUGGAGAAAUGCUGUGGGGACUGGUGCGCCAGGGACUCAAAUGUGAAGGAUGUGGUCUAAAUUACCAUAAGAGAUGUGCAUUUAAAAUUCCUAACAACUGCAGCGGUGUACGUAAAAGGCGCCUGUCAAACGUUUCCUUAACAGGACUCAGCACUAUUCGGACAGUUUCUGCAGAGACAUCACCCAGUGUGCCGGAUGAAGCCCUUCUGUCUCCUGUUAGCCCUGGCUAUGAGCAAAAAACACCAUCAGAAUCAUUCACUGGGCGAGAGAAGAGAUCAAAUUCACAAUCCUACAUUGGACGACCUAUUCAGCUUGACAAGAUCCUACUUUCUAAGGUUAAAGUGCCUCACACUUUUGUCAUCCACUCUUACACACGGCCAACAGUUUGCCAGUACUGUAAGAAGCUUCUCAAAGGGCUUUUUAGACAGGGUUUGCAGUGUAAAGACUGUAGGUUCAAUUGUCACAAACGCUGUGCACCUAAAGUACCAAAUAACUGCCUGGGGGAAGUUGCCAUUAAUGGAGAUCUCCUUAGUCCUGGGGCUGAGUCUGAUGUGGUUAUGGAAGAAGGGAGUGACGACAAUGACAGUGAAAGAAACAGCAGUUUUAUAGAUGACAUGGAAGAAUCUAUAGCUCAUGAUUCUGAGAUAUCAAUGACGGGAUGCCAUAGUGACAAUGGGGAAAUGCAGGAUCCUGAUCCAGAUCAUGACGAGUCUAACAGGAUGAUCAGCCCUUCAACCAGCAACAAUAUUCCAUUAAUGAGAGUGGUACAGUCUGUGAAGCACACGAAAAGGAGAAGUAGCACAGUAAUGAAGGAAGGUUGGAUGGUUCACUAUACCAGCAAGGACACACUGAGGAAGCGACAUUACUGGAGACUAGACAGCAAAUGUAUCACUCUUUUUCAAAAUGAUACUGGAAGCAAAUAUUAUAAAGAAAUCCCAUUGUCUGAAAUUUUCUCUCUGGAACCUGCAAAAACUUUCACUUUACUGCCUCAAGGAGCCAAUCCUCAUUGUUUUGAAAUAAGCACAGCAAAUAUAGUCUAUUAUGUUGGAGAAAACAUAGAAAACCUCUCAAGUGUUCAAUUGAAUAACGGUGUUCUCACUAGCGGUAUUGGCAUUGAUGUGGCAAGAAUGUGGGAGAUGGCAAUACAGCACGCCCUGAUGCCCGUCAUCCCUAAAGGGGCAUCAAUGGGGUCGGGACCCAGCCUACACAGGGAUAUAUCCAUCAGUAUUUCUGUGUCAAACUGCCAAGUUCAAGAAAAUGUGGAUAUCAGCACUGUAUACCAGAUCUUCCCAGAUGAGGUUUUGGGAUCAGGACAGUUUGGAAUUGUUUAUGGAGGAAAACAUCGCAAGACAGGAAGGGAUGUUGCCAUUAAAAUAAUUGACAAACUAAGGUUUCCAACUAAACAAGAAAGCCAACUUCGUAAUGAGGUUGCAAUUUUACAGAAUCUUCAUCAUCCUGGGGUUGUAAAUUUGGAGUGCAUGUUUGAGACACCAGAAAGAGUGUUUGUUGUUAUGGAAAAACUCCAUGGAGACAUGCUGGAGAUGAUCCUAUCAAGUGAAAAGGGCAGACUGCCAGAGAGAAUAACAAAGUUUUUAAUUACUCAGAUCCUUGUUGCUUUAAGACAUCUUCAUUUCAAAAAUAUAGUUCAUUGUGACCUCAAACCAGAAAAUGUGUUAUUGGCAUCAGCUGAUCCUUUCCCCCAGGUAAAACUUUGUGAUUUUGGCUUUGCUCGAAUCAUUGGGGAGAAAUCCUUCAGGCGUUCAGUUGUAGGAACACCAGCCUACCUUGCUCCGGAAGUGCUGAGAAAUAAAGGCUAUAACAGAUCUCUAGAUAUGUGGUCUGUGGGUGUUAUCAUUUAUGUAAGCCUCAGUGGUACCUUUCCAUUCAAUGAAGAUGAGGAUAUACACGACCAAAUCCAGAAUGCUGCUUUCAUGUAUCCACCCAAUCCUUGGAAAGAAAUCUCUCAUGAAGCUAUUGAUCUCAUAAAUAAUUUGUUGCAAGUGAAAAUGAGAAAGCGCUACAGUGUGGACAAAACAUUAAGCCACCCAUGGUUACAGGACUAUCAAACCUGGUUAGAUUUAAGGGAGCUUGAAUGUAAAAUGGGGGAGCGUUACAUCACCCAUGAAAGUGACGACACUCGAUGGGAACAGUAUUCAGGAGAACAUGGAUUGCAGUAUCCAGCACACCUUAUCAGUCCAAGUGCUAACCAUAAUGAAAACACCACGCUACAAGAAACAGAAAUGAAAGCCCUCAGUGAGCGUGUCAGCAUCCUUUAA